CUGACUCUCCACGCUCCAGCAUUGCUGUGCAAGCAGAUGUUCCCCCUCUGAUGCCAGCUCCUCACCGUUCUUCGCAAUUUCGCGGGGGAGAAGGUGCUCUCUACGCGCAGAGGCUGCAAAGUGGCGAGAAACUGCCUCUCGAUCCAGGGCUCGGUGACAGAGGGAGAGUUUGAGGACGGGUACCGGCUCUGGGAAGAAACAAGACAUAGAAAUAGAUACAAACACAGUGACACCGGUGAAGGCGGAGGAGCCCAGCACUUUAUCCACCACACCUGUGAUGCGUUGUGGCGAGCCGCGAGGACGCAGGCGAGCGGGAUACUGAUGGCCACGCUACGGCACCGGGAUAUGUGUUGAGGCAAAAGACUUGGGCGGUGUGAUUUUUUUUUUUUUUUUUUUUUGUGUGUGUGUGUGUGUGUUGUUUUGAGAGAAAAGGCGUUUUACUGCCACAGAGGACACUCUCCGGACCUGAGAGCAGCGCAGCGUGCCCGCGGUUCUCCUCUUGCCUGUUUAAAAACUUAGGUGGCGAAAGAAGAGAAACCCCACCACCCCUCACGAAGAUGCCCUUACUCCCGGGCCCCUUUGUCCGCGGUAGCUCCAGCGCCACGCUCCUCCGUGCGCUCUGCCUCGUCUUGGCUGGCUUCACCUGCACUGGUUCCGAGCACACGGCCACGGCAACGCUCCCAGCCGCCUUCUCGGACCUGUUACCUCACUUCCUGGUGGAGCCGGAGGACGAGUUCAUCGUGAAGAACAAGCCGGUGACGCUGACCUGCCGCUCCACCCCGGCCACACAGAUCUACUUCAAGUGCAACGGCGAGUGGGUCCACCAGGACGACCAUUUGAUUGAGAGGACGGUUGACCCGGCCACAGCGCUGCCAGUCAUGCAGGUGACAAUUGACAUCACCAGACAGCAGGUGGAGAAGAUCUUCGGUCUGGACGAGUACUGGUGUCAGUGUGUCGCCUGGAGCACCACUGGGACACAGAAGAGCCAAAAAGCCUACAUCAGGAUCGCUUACCUGAGAAAGAACUUUGAGGAGGAGCCGCAGGGUAAAGAGGUGGCAUUGGACCAGGAGGUGUUACUGCGCUGCCAUCCCCCCGAGGGAGUGCCACAAGCCGAGGUGGAGUGGCAGCGAAACGAGGAUGUGAUCGACCCGGCAAGCGACCCCAAUUUUUUCAUCGCCGCUGACCACAAUCUCCUCAUCAGAAAAGCCCGGCUGGCGGACACGGGCAACUACACGUGCGUGGCCAAAAACAUUGUCGCUCGCCGAAAAAGCACCUCUGCCACGGUCCUAGUCUACGUCAACGGCGGCUGGUCCACGUGGACCACCUGGUCGUCCUGCAGUGCUGUGUGCGGGCGUGGCUGGCAGAAGAGGAGUCGGAGCUGCACCAACCCCACGCCACUGAACGGAGGCACAUCCUGUGAGGGGCAGAACGUCCAGAAAAGUGCCUGCGUGGCCACCUGUCCAGUGGACGGCGGCUGGAGCGAGUGGAGCAAGUGGUCAGCGUGCGGCGCCGACUGCUCGAUGUGGAGGAGCAGGGAGUGCACCCAGCCCUCACCUGGCACCGGGGGCAAAGAGUGCCAGGGGCUCGACCUCCAGUCUCUCAACUGCACGAGCGAGCAGUGCCCACAGACUGUGAGUGGUGCCGAGGACGUGGCGCUCUACGUCGGCAUGGUGGCGGUGGCCCUGUGUCUCACGCUGCUGCUCAUCGUGGUCGUCCUGGUGUACCGCCGCAAGAAGGAGGGCCUGGAUGCCGAUGUGGCGGACUCCUCGAUCCUCACCACUGGCUUCCAGCCCAUGGGCAUCAAGCCCAGCAAGCCAGAGAAUUCCCACUUGCUCACCAUCCAUCCCGAUCUAACCACCUCCACCACCAGUUACCAAGGCACCCUGCGCUCUCGCCACGACACCACCGGGAAGUUCUCCAUGACCAACGGGCCUCUGCUGGACCCACUCCCCAACGGCUCACACACACUGCACAAUGGCAAGCUUAACUCGGACCCUGCGGAGUAUGUGAGCCGGCUGUCCACUCAGAGCUACUUCAAAACGCUGCCCCGCGACGUGGCCAACACCUCCUACGGGACCUUCAACUUCCUGGGAGGGAGGCUGACGAUCCCCAACACAGGAAUCAGUCUGCUCAUUCCUCCCGAGGCCAUCCCCAGAGGGAAGAUCUAUGAGAUUUAUCUCACUGUUCAGAGGAAAGAAGAUUUAAGGUUACCCCUGGCAGGCUGCCAGACCCUGCUUAGCCCCGUUGUGAGUUGUGGCCCUCCGGGGGUGGUCCUGAGCCGGCCGGUUAUCCUCAGCAUGGACCACUGCUCUGACGCAUGCCUCGAUAACUGGGCCGUCCGCCUCAAGAAGCAGAACUACGAGGGCGCUUGGGAGGAUGUCUUGCUCAUGGGGGAGGAGCUGGUGACGGAGCCCUAUUACUGCCAGCUUGAAGCCGAGACGUGCCGGCUGUUCUCCGAGCAGCUGGGCACCUUCGCCUUGGUUGGAGAGUCCCUGCACAUGGGUGCUGCCAAGCGCCUGAGGCUGGUGCUCUUCUCCGACGCGUACUGCUCAACGCUGGAGUACAACAUCAGGGUGUACUGCAUGGACGACACGCAGGACGUCUUCAAGGAGGUGAUGCAGAUGGAACGGCAGCUCGGGGGUCGGCUGAUUGACGAGCCUCACGUCCUCCUCUUCAAAGACAGCUACCACAACCUGCGCUUGUCCAUCCACGACAUGCCCCAGGCGCACUGGAGGAGCAAGCUGCUAGCCGGCUACCAGGAGAUCCCGUUCUACCACAUCUGGAACGGUUCCCAGCGGUACCUGCACUGCACGUUCACUCUGGAGCGGCUCAGCCUCGGCACCUGCGAGCUCACCUGCCAGCUGUGUGUGUGGCAGGUGGAGGGGGAGGGACAGAGCUUUAGCCUCGACUUCAACAUCGCCAAGGACAACCGAGCUUUGGACUCUGAGUUUCUGUUGAUGGACAGUAGCGCCACGGCUCUGGCAGGGCCCAGCGCCUUUCAGAUCCCGUACCUCAUCAGGCAGAAGAUCUGCAGCAGCCUGGAUGCCCCCUGUCCCAACGGAGCUGACUGGAGAAUGCUAGCACAAAGACUUAAACUUGAGAGACACAUGAGUUUCUUUGCAUCCAAAGCGAGCCCAACCUCUAUGAUCCUGGACCUGUGGGAGGCGCAACAUUUCCACAGCGGCAACAUCAACCAGCUGGCCGCGGUCAUGGCUGACAUUGGCAAACAGGAGGCCAUGAUAUUCCUGGUCUCUGAUGGCGAGUGCUAACCCAGAAAACGGAGAGAGAGACUGGUGCAGAGAGGAAAAAAAGUACACAACACGACAACAACGACACACAACCCCCCCGCCUCCCCAAUGAUUACCACAGCAGGAAUGGAAGAACAGAGCUGUCCCAGUGUCCCUCGUCUUCACUUUAGAAGAUAGUGAAUGGUUUGUGACAGAUCGAGUCCCCAUUUCCCUUCGAACGGAGUUGAAGUCCUUAACUGACGGGUGAGGGGAAAGGUAGAGCGGAAGUGCUUUGGGAAAUGUAUUCAUGAGCUCAGAAAAGAAAUACUCUUUAUUUUUUCCAUCAAAGUUCCAAGUGAAAUUAGUCCCAACCCUGCUUCUACUUUAAAGAUCACUUUAAAUUAACUUCAUGCCUUUUUACACAAACGAGCCGUUUAAGGCUAACGAGGAGCAAUAUGCAAACAUAAUGCUAAUGUCCAACACUGCAAAUUCAGCCAAUCAUUUCUGAAGUUGGGUUAAUACAAAGGGAUGUGACAAAAAAGGUGCCGGUCAUUUCAGGUUCAAGAGGCGAACAUAUGCAAUUAGCAGGUUCGUCACAUGACAUCAUCGCACGCUGAACGCAUUCGCAACGAAGUCAUCAGGGUCUGUGAACGUCUCCUCCUGUCCACUCACACACACACUGUACAGAAGGACAUCUCCUAUGUGUUUGUUUUUUUUAACACACACACACACACACACACACACACUCACACAGGCGGCUUGUAGCACAUCCUGGACUUGCAGGUUUAAAACAGAUUGUACGUCAAAGCCCCAAAACCUGUCUCAUCUUGUUUGUGUGUGUUCUUGUUGUUUUUUUUCUUUUCUUAGUCCAGCCGGUAUCAGUACUGUGAAUAUAACAUCUUGACAUCUUGAUUUAGCGAGACGCUUCGCAGCCUUCCUGCUUCUAAAUCGAUAUAUGUGGGGUUCGGGUUCUUUUGAACUUUUUUUUUCAAGGGAAGAGUGAGAAAUAUCUUCACUAAAGUCAUAUUUCAGAAGCCAUGUCUAUUUAAAGCCUGGGAUUCUGGAUCCGUCCAUUCUCGUUUCAAGUCUUUCCCAAGCCUUUUGUUUUCUCUCAAAUUCCACAGCUAAUGAAGGAGCCAUAGGGCCAAAAGGUGUUCCAGCUGCAUGUACAUACACAUAUAUGUAUAUUUGGACACUGAUUGUCCUGAAAACUCAUUAACAAAAUGACAUUUCCCCCUUGAUCACAUUCAUUCUGAGAUGUUAAAGAUAAAAACUUGGCCACAAGGGUUAUUAUCCCACAUGAAUAAUGCAGAGCACUUUCCCACAGAAAAUCUGCCAGCGAAUUCUUCAAAAAUCGUCACCAGAUUACUCGUGUGGAAAGGCUGAUUGUGCAGCUUUGUUUUGAUAAGUCAUAAAGCAAGUCUCUAUUUGCUGUGUGGCAAAUGGUAUCAGAGAAACGCCUGUCUCUCGGAGAAAGUUAAGAGUGGCUUAUUCGCACUGUCACGCCUCUGCUCACAAAAGAUUUGCUUUGAACGUGAGUUUCUUUUUAUUGUCAUUUAUAGCCAGUGUGGCAAAAAAAAAAAAAGAUUCAGUUUAGUCUCACAUCAAACCAUAAACUGCAACGACACAUUAGAUUAUUUUUCUACAUUUUGCUUCUUUGCGUCGAUGUACAGUGUUUGGUUAAUGGAUCUGUCAAGCCAGGCAACUUGCAUACAGUAUAUCUUUGAGCUCCGCUGGUUCAGUAAUUACACUUUGAAAAAAAAAAAAAGGCAUCAGCAAUCCCAAACUAGCCAUAGUUUCUCCGUCUGCCUCAGGGUUGCAUGUGAAGUUGUGUUCAAAGUUGUAGAGGGAGCCCCCCCCCCCACCCCACCCCGUCAUUAAAUCCCCUCUUAUCGCUCCACAGCUAGCACCGCCCAUCCCACCAGCUCCUGCGGCUUCAAUCUUUAACACUGACCUGGAGCCUCUUUUAUGAUUGUCAGAUAUUUGGAAUGUACAUUUCUGUUUCCCUUUGGCGGAGCACGUCUGUUUUCCACUUUUAGAAGUUCCCCGUUUUGUUUUUAUACGACAUCUCGGCACCUGCUCAGUCCUUAACCUUCUCUUUUUAAAUCACAUCAAACACGCCUCUUUUCUCGACCUACGACACUUUUUACAAAUCGCUGCAUUGUUUUGAUGUAGAGAUACCAUACUCCUUUUUUUUUUUAUUUCUAUUACAAAACCUUUGAAUCGAGCCCCUUUCAGAUAGAAUUGUGAUACCACCUUAAUAAAUGAAUCUUUUCAUGUUGAAACGGA